CGUGGACCCUAUAAUAUUCGAGAGGCAGUAUCUCCAUUUAUGAUUUAUCAUCAUAUAUUUUCAAUAUUGUUUCCUCUCGGAACAAAAUUCAUAUAAAUACGCACUUAUCUACAUGCUUAAGUAUAAGUUAUCCUAAUCACAUUCACAAAAAAAAAUAACAAAGUCAUGGAAAUGGAGAAAUUAUACACCAUCUUAUCUCUUUUUGCAAUCAUAUUCUUCAUUUACAAAAUCAUAACCUCUAAACCAAAGAGCAAGAAUCUCCCACCAAGUCCACCAUCGAUACCUAUAUUGGGCCAUUUACACCUUCUCAAGUCUCCUUUCCAUCGAACACUUCACUCCCUCUCCAAACGCUACGGCCCAAUUUUCUCGCUCCGAUUGGGCUGUCAGCCCGUUCUGGUGGUUUCCUCUGCAUCGGCCGCGGAGGAAUGCUUUAGCAAAAACGACGUGGUUUUUGCUAACCGACCUACACUCCUCGUAGGUGAACAUUUAGGCUAUAACCAUUCCCUCCUCAUAUGGUCCCCGUAUGGCGACCAUUGGAGGAACUUACGCCGUGUAUCGGUCUUAACCAUGUUAUCAUUUCGAAGGAUAAACGAAGCAGGUCCCACCCGGAGAUCCGAGAUCCGUAACAUGAUCUUGGAGCUCGCAUCGAGUGGGACCCAAAAAGUGAACUUGUAUGAGAUGUUUGAAAAGGUGGCUAGGAACCUUGUGAUGAGGGAAGUGAAUGGAAAGACUUGGGAUAAAAUGUUAAUAAAACCGCCAGCUGAACAAAUGACAAUAUGUGAUUUCUUACCCGUUUUGAAAUGGGUCGGGUUUAGAGGGAUUGAAAAGGAGAUGAAAAGAUUGAUGAUAGAUAGAGAUGCUUUUUUACAGAGUUUAGUUGAUGAAAUCAGAGAAAGUAAAGGAGGAACAAAUGUUGAUGCUGGGAAUACGAAGAACAUGAUUGAACAAAUGUUGGAUUUGCAGCAAACUGAUCCUGAAUACUACACUGAUGAAAUUAUCAAAGGAAUGAUUUUGGUCAUGUUGUUAGCAGCAUCAGAAACUACCAUGCGUACUCUUGAGUGGGCAAUGUCAAACCUCAUAAACAAUCCUGAAGUCCUAGCCAGAGCAAGAUCGGAAAUUGAUCUACAUGUCGGCAAAGGAAGACUAGUAGACGAUUCUGAUCUCCCAAAAUUGAACUAUAUAAAAUGCAUUGUCAAUGAGACUCUAAGACUUUUCCCACCUACACCACUUCUACUCCCACAUUGCUCAUCCAAAGAUUGCACCAUUGGAGGGUUCCAUGUUCCGAAAGGUACUAUUCUCUUUGUCAAUGCUUGGGCAAUACAUAGGGACCCUAAUCUAUGGGAUGAGCCAACCAUGUUUAAGCCAGAAAGAUUUGAAAAUGAGAUAGAAGGGUUUAAGUUUAUGCCCUUUGGGAUGGGGAGGAGGGCUUGCCCCGGUAACAACUUUGCUCUUAGGAAUGUUAAUUUGUUAGUGGCUACACUUAUUCAAUGUUUUGAUUGGGAAGCAGCUGAGGAUGGAUUAGUGGACUUGACUGAGAAUCGUUGUGGUGGUGCCAUCAUUAUACCCAAGGAUAAGCCUUUGGAGGCUAUAUGUCGGCCUCGUCCUUCCAUGGAGGAAAUCCUUGGUCUAAGUUGAUUAACUAUAUAUGUUUAGUAGAUGUUAUAUUGUAAAAUUUAGGGUUGAUUUGGUUGCAUGAUUGUAUUUUAUCUUUUAUGAAUGUCAGAUACUGUAAACUCCCUUGAUAGAGUGAUUUCAAUUGAUAAAUAUUUAUAGGGUUACAAUGAGAAACCUAAUCAUAUUAGGUAACUAUAAGAUAUGUACAGAUAUCAAAGAUAAUCUUAUACAAAAUAUAUCCUAAACCUAGGAUGAGAAUAUUCUAUGGAUAUUCUGUAUCACACCCCCGCAGUCAGAGCGGGAGAAAAUCGGAUGCUCAGACUGGAUCUGAAUCACGCAUCGAACGGUAAGGACAGUAUAGUAACCCAUGAUCAAAAGAGAAGUAGUAGACGUGUGCUGGUGAUGACGAUGAGAAGCAACAACCACAACCUACGUAUAGUAGAGAUAUGCGCUUUUAGGCCGAAGGAGAAGAGUCACGCAUAUACUUGGGCCAAGUUGCAGAUCCAGAGAAGAAUAAGUUAAGGGAUCAAAUCAUCAUCAGGGAGAAGACACUACACUACUACGUGAAAUUACAGUUGAAGAAAAACAAAUAAAAUUGCGCAAGAAAAGAUUAAAUCCCACCGCUUGAAAUUAAUCAAUUCUCAAAAGAGAAACCAGGUAGCAAAAUUCAAUACUCCACAAAGAUUCCAAGUGCUGCAACAAUAAAAGGAGCUAACUUGAUAGCAAAAGAGAUGUGCAAAAGUUGACCUUAUUGUGAUAUACCACCACCAAAACAAAAUCUAUGUGAUUAUGUGUAAAAAAAAA